CUUGAUUCCAAGAAUCUUGAACCAAACUAGUUUGACAAACAGAAGUUUUUUGGUGGAAAAGGCAUAUAACAUGAUAAGUUGCAGCUUCUAAGACAACAACACUAUGAAAAAUAAACUACCUCAUUUCAGUGGACUCAGUGCUGCCUCUCACACACAUCUUGGUUUAAAUCUAUGGAAUCAAUAACCAAAUUCCACUGGAAAAAUUAAGUAGAAUUAAGCUUUCCACUUUACAAAAACACAAAACUAAGGAGGAUUACUUCCUUGCUGAUCAAAUGGAAGCUGUAAUGAAAUGGUUCAAUUGUCCCGUUUUCUAUUUCUAUGCUCAGUGCACUUGGCCGGAGUCAAACAUGCUGGGGGCCUUAACCGUGGCCUCACUGAUCCUGUGGGCGUCGGCGUCUGACCUCUGCCCUCCACCCUGCAUGUGUCUCAACAAUCUGACGGUCAUCAUGUGUACGGAUAAACACUUGGACUGGAUCCCUGACCUCCCAGAGGACACAGAGGAGCUGUACAUCUCAUACAACAAGAUACAGGAAAUGCGCAGGAGUGGGCUGGAACAUCUGCAGGUGCUGGACUUGACUAGGAAUCAGCUGCAUUUCUCUCUUUCCCUCAACCCAGUUUGGCCCAGAAUGAUGCAGCUGUCCAAGCUCUUCCUACGUGGAAACGGACUGCGGUCGCUUACACCCAGUCAGUUCCAGAAUUGCCCUGCCCUCGUCCUGCUGGACCUGAGUGAGAACCACAUUGAACAUCUACCAAUUGGAUUCCUCCAUGGACUGGACCAUCUACAGACGCUGAUUCUGACCUUCAACCAGAUUCAAACAUUACAGGUCUCUGGACUGGGGGGAGCCCCUGCUCUCACUGACAUCCACCUCAGCCAUAACAACAUAUCAGAAAUAGAGGAGGGUGCGUUUGAGAACGUCACCGCGUUGGAGAAGCUGAUUCUGUCCAGGAACCGGCUCAAGCGUGUAGGUAAGGGCACUUUCAGAGGAGCAGCAACUCUUCAAUCCCUUGACCUCAGCGGUAACUUGUUGGUUUCCAUCCCAGUCGAGGCGCUGAAGGAUGUAAACAAGCUCAACAGUCUUGACCUGCAGAAGAACAGCCUCAUCAGCCUUCCGAAUGAUUCCUUUGCCUUCUUGGCCCUGUUGACUCAUCUAGACUUGAGCGACAACAAGCUGACCGUGGUUUCCGAGGGAUCGCUGAGAGGGCUGAUGAACCUGACUCAGCUGGACCUCAGCUCCAAUCUCAUACAUUCACUUCCCUCUGAGGUCUUCAGUGGCCUGAUCAGCCUUCAAUUCCUCGAUCUGUAUGACAACAGAUUGACUUCACUUCCUGUGGACGUAUUCAGCAACCUGACCAACCUGAGGGACCUGCAGCUAGACAGCAACAGCAUAUCUGACAUGCCAUUUGGGAUAUUUGAUUCACUGAGCAGACUCCACGAGCUGCAGCUGUCCAGCAACCGCAUCUCGGCGUUGCAUCCCAAACUGUUUGCCAAGCUCAGGUCACUGCGGAGGUUGUACCUCGAAAGCAACACCCUGACCCAACUUCCCAAAGGCCUUUUCCACAAGACGAGGAACCUCAGGGAGAUGCACUUUGAUGAAAAUAACAUUGGGUCAAUGCAUCACUUGGUCUUCCACAAUCUGGAGAAACUGCAUUCUCUGAGGCUCUCCGUCAACAAUCUGUCCUCUCUUCACUCGGACCAGUUCAGCGGCCUCAUUGGUUUAAAAGAGUUACAACUGGAUAAGAACCACAUAAGCGUGCUUCCUGUGGGGCUGUUCACCCAUCUGAAGAAUCUUACACUGCUGGAUUUGAAAGGCAAUCGUCUCUCAGAGCUGCUUCCCAAUGACCUUGUAGGCUUGAAUAACCUUAGAGAGCUCCAGCUGAGCUUUAACCGGCUCCGUAGCCUCCCUGCCAACACCUUCCACUUCCCCUCUCAGCUCCGCAGGCUUCAGCUGCAGAACAACCACUUAGUCCAUCUCCACCCUCAGCUCUUCUCCUCGCUAACCAAGCUAUCUGAACUCGACUUAAAUGGCAACAAACUCGAGCAUCUACACCCAGACACUUUUCAAGGCCAACAAAGGCUCCAGAAACUGAGCCUGAGGUUCAACCGGCUCAGAGUGGUGAAAAACGGGACCCUGGAGCCUUUAGGAAACCUGAGUGCCAUCUACCUGUCAGGGAAUUUGUGGGAUUGUCGCUGUGAAGAUAUUCUCUACAUCAGCAGCUGGGUUGGCAUGCACAGGGACAAGUUAGGAGAUGAGCCCACCUGCUUUGUCUCCUCCUCCUCCUCCUCCUCCUCACCUGUCACUGAGGCCCCACCCCUCUCCCGCCCCGCUCUGUCUCCUCUCUUGUUGCAGGACAACUGUGUUAUAAGUGCCGCCCGUGGUCCCUCGCCAGCACUUCCUCUGGAAAUGGUGAAUCUGCUCAUCACCAUUUUAACAGCUGCUGGCUUUUCAUGACGUCCUCUGUUGUGGCUUCGUUGUUUUUUGCUCCUUCUUCCCUGCUUUUCUCACUGCCUCUUGUAGUUUUACACUUCAUGCCUUGCUGUAUUGACACGCUCCAAUAAAAUGAAUUAUCAUUAGAAGCAU